AUGGCCACCAUUGAACGCAAGGCUGGUGAGGCUCCCAUCAAGCCCGAAUACCGUAAAGAGAAAUGGUUCGACGAUGACUCCAACGAAGACGGCUCCAACGCUGUUUUCGGCGACGACGACGCUGAAGGCAAAAGGUUUGGUGGUGGUGACAACCAGAAGAGGAGGAAUACUCGUGGUGCCAACAAGGGCCAACGAGGCAAAAAGCGCAUUGUCGAUGAAGUCAAGAUCUGUAAGAUGUUGGCUGCCAAUCAAGAAUGUAUCUUCAAGGAGGAAUGCCGAUUCUCGCACGAUUUGAAAAAGUACCUCGAGACAAAGCCAGCUGAUCUUGGUGAUCGUUGUAUCCAAUUUGAUCUUUUUGGAAGUUGUCGCCAUGGCUACAAAUGCCGCUUCCUCAAGGCGCACAUGGAUGCGGAUGGUAACCUUAUCAAGAAUGAGGAGCUUAUCAAGAAGAACCCUGUCUACACAACCAAUGGCAUCUCUCCCGAAACACAAAAGGCUCUUAUGAAGGGAAAGUAUGAGUUUCCCAAAGCCACUGCGUUCUUGAAAGAGAUGGAAGCCGAACUUGCCAACCAGCCUGGUGCCCAAAAGAAACGCAAGAUUGAUGAUGUGGAGACUGAGGAUGGGUCAAAGGAAAGCAAGGCUGAAGAAAAGGCUGAGCCAGCUACCGAUUCUUCGUCCAAGCCAGAGAUUGAUGCAGAUUUACCUGAUGUGAAUAUGAAUGUGGAGCCAAAAGUUGGUCCUAUUGAUGAAGAGCGUCCCUACAAAAAGUUGAUUGAUUUUAGAAACAAGACUUAUCUUGCACCUUUGACCACGGUUGGCAAUUUGCCCUUCCGAAGAAUUUGCAAGGAAUAUGGCGUCGACAUCACAUGUGGUGAAAUGGCUCUCUGCAAGAAUCUCUUACAAGGACAACAAUCUGAAUGGGCAUUGACCAAGCGUCACGUAUCAGAGGACAUUUUUGGUAUCCAGAUUUGUGGUGCCAGACCUGAUCAAGUUGCUCGAGCUUGCGAGGUGAUUAAUGAUGAGAUUGAUGUCGACUUUGUGGAUCUCAACAUGGGAUGCCCCAUUGAUCUUGUCUUCAACACGGGUGCUGGUUCGGCUCUCCCCGAGUCUAAGGGAAAGAUGACACGAGUUUUGAAGGGCAUGCGUAGGAUGCUGGACGUCCCUGUCACUGUCAAAUUCAGAACCGGUAUCAAACACGGCGUCUUGACCAACCAAAAAUUAAUCCCUGUAUUUGAAAGCUUGGACAUCAGCUUGGGAACUAUCCAUGGCCGAUCACGCCAACAACGCUACACCAAAUUAUCGAACUGGGACUUCAUCCGUGAUGUGAAGCAACUAUCCAAGAAUAUGCCAAUCUACGGUAACGGUGAUGUUUUGAGUUUUGAGGAUUACAACAAGCAUAAGGAGGAGACCGGUGUUGAUGGCAUCAUGAUCGGCCGUGGUGCUCUCAUCAAGCCAUGGAUCUUUGAUGAAAUCAAACAACAACGUCAUUGGGAUAUCUCAUCAAAGGAACGAUUUGAGAUGCUGAAGCGAUUCUGUGAUUAUGGUUUGGAACAUUGGGGAACUGACAGCCAGGGUGUAAAUACCACAAGACGCUUCCUUUGUGAAUGGCAAUCAUUCUUAUACCGCUACAUUCCUGCUGGUUUGUUGGAGGUUUUACCACAGCGUAUCAAUGAACGCGCACCACCUUUCCGUGGCAGAGAUGAAUUGGAAGAUUUGAUGGCAAGCCCUCGAGCAUCGGAUUGGGUGAAAUUAAGUGAACGCCUUCUUGGUCCAGCACCAGAGGACUUUGUAUUUAUGCCAAAGCACAAGGCCAAUUCAUUCGAGGGAUAA